AGCCCCCUCCCACAGCCAGGGCCUCUUUCUCCUCCUCCCUCCCACCUCCAGCCGCCAGGUCCCCAGCAGUCCGCCAGGAUCGGGCCUGAGUGACAGAGAAGCCUGCAGCUGCCAAUCCCAAAAAUAUUCUCUGAUGACACAGCUGGAGGACAAGAGCCCAGAUCGGCUCCUCCAGGCUAAGUUUAGAGCAGGCGGGACCCCUGCCCCCCGCCCUAACCCCAGUUCUAGCCCCCGCCCCGGCCCUUCCCCCCAGGACUGGCCCAGCAGCUGCUGGGUUGAAAGGGGCCCCAGAAGCUGCGAGGGCCUGGCGUGCUCUGUUUCCCUGACAAAUAACGCUUUUUAGAGCUGGCAGACCCCCGGUUAACAGGCUCCUGGCCCAUCUGGUGUCAUCUCUGUGCUGGGUGCUAGGUUGUGACUGUGUGUGUGUGUGGAGGGUGAGGGCUUGUAUGUGUGGUUUAGGUCACUUGGGGUGAAAGCCCUCUCCAGCCCCUCCCCCACAUUCCUGGCGGGAGUGGGAGAUAAGGCUCAGGGCCACAGACAUCUGCGUCAGAGAUAGGAGGUCUCAAUGCCAUGGGCAGGGGCAACUCGACUGCGGGGCGUGGGAAGGGCUGGGGAAGACUGGGGUGAGAAGGGUAGAAGAGGGCGGUGGUGGGAUGGGGAGGGUGGAGUGGGGAGGCCCUGGGCAGACCCUGGCAGAAGGGGCACAGGGCAGGGUGUGGGUUCCUGGUGGGCAGGGCCAGGUGAGCUAUGUGGCUUCAGCUGCUCCUCUUGCUGCUGGCCCCUCAGGGCAGGCAUGGCUGUCAUGGGCCGGAGCUGGACCGGGAACUCGUCCUGGCCAAGGUGAGGGCCCUGUUCCUGGAUGCCUUGGGGCCCCCGCCGGUGACUGGGGAAGGUGGAGAACCUGGAGUCAGGCGUCUGCCCCGAAGACAUGCCGUGGGCUUCAUGCGCAGGGGCUCUGAGCCGGAGGACCAAGAUGUCUCCCAGGCCAUCCUCUUCCCGGCUGCAGGUGCCAGCUGCGGUGAUGAGCCAGAUGCUGGGGAGGCUGAGGAGGGCCUCUUCACGUACGUGUUCCGGCCAUCCCAGCACACACGCAGCCGCCAGGUGACUUCGGCCCAGCUGUGGUUCCACACGGGACUGGACAGACAGGAGACCACUGCCGCCAAUAGCUCUGAGCCCCUGCUCGACCUGCUGGUACUGACAUCUGGGGGUCCCACGUCUGUGCCCAUGUCGCUGGGCCAGGCCCCCCCUCGCUGGGCUGUCCUGCACCUGGCCACCUCCGCCUUCCCUCUGCUGACCCACCCUAUCCUGGUGCUCCUGCUGCGGUGUCCUCUCUGUUCCUGCUCCGCCCGGCCCGAGGCCACCCCCUUCCUGGUGGCCCACACACGGGCCGGGCCGCCCAGUGGAGGGGAGAGGGCCCGGCGCUCCACGCCCCUGCUGCCCUGGCCUUGGUCUCCCGCUGCGCUGCGCCUGCUGCAGAGGCCUCCAGAGGAGCCGGCCGCCCAUGCCGACUGCCACAGAGCCGCCCUCAAUAUCUCCUUCCAGGAGCUGGGCUGGGACCGGUGGAUUGUGCACCCUCCCAGUUUCAUCUUCCACUACUGUCACGGGGGGUGUGGGCUGCCCACCCCACAGGACCUGCCCCUGUCCAUCCCCGGGGUGCCCCCUACCCCUUUCCAGCCCCCCUCUCUGGUGCCAGGGGCCCAGCCCUGUUGCGCUGCCCUCCCGGGGACCAUGAGGCCCCUACAUGUCCGCACCACCUCGGAUGGAGGUUACUCUUUUAAGUAUGAGAUGGUGCCCAACCUUCUCACCCAGCACUGUGCUUGCAUCUAAGGGAAUCCUGCUGAUGCCCGAGCCCCCACGGUCACCAGCCUGGAGGAAGGGCAGGCUGCCCGCUCCCUCCCUCCUCUCUGCCAGGAGGCUCCCCUCUCCCCAUUCCUGCCCCUGUUUCACGAGGAAUGUGACAAUAAAUGACAUAGCGCAUAUGA